GGCUCAAACCACGGGCAACCUCUUGCCUGAAGUUCUCCAUCAACUCAUCGCUGAUGACGCCACCGGCGGCGGCGGCCUGCUUCUUGAAGUUAUCGAACGCCCAUCCUUCGGUGUCACCCUGAGGCAUGUCGAAGAAGCCACGGUCGAAUACCGGCAGUUCACCGGGGCCGAAGUAGCCCUUGCCCUCGAUGGUGUACCCUUCCAGGUCGUGGGUGCCCUUGCCCAGCACCUGUCCGGUCUCGGCAUAGUGCUCCAUCACGUUCUUCAUGCCGUACUUCUGGAUGGGGCAUACCUUCAUGCAGAUGCCACAGCCCAAGUAACGGGCCAUUACGUAGUGACGGCAGCAGCUUGAAGUACAACUUAUUCUUUUCCAACCCACGCCACCAGAUCUUGUCGCGCAUCAGGGCGCGGCCCGGGCAGCGGUUCACGCAGACCUGGCAUACCUGGCAGAAUGCGUGGAUGCCGUAGUCAAUGGGCUUGUCAUGGGUGACGUUGGCAUCGGUGGUGACCAUCAUCAACCGGUUGCGGUUGCCGGCGUGCGGGGUCAACAGGUAACCACAGGCGCCCAACUGUCCCAAGCCAGCUUCCACGAACAUGGGGAUGACCGGCCCGGUGGCGUCAGAAGAGUGGAUUACGUGGGCCUUGUAUCCCAGCGAACGGAUGAAGUUGCCCAACUCCAACCCGGCUGCGGCCUGCGUCCGGUAAGUGCUGGAGUGCACGAUCUCAGCGUCGAUGCUGGGGAUCGUCUGGGUCGGCUCAUAGUCCUGCUCGUAGGCCAAGCAGAUGGCAUGAGGAAGGCUGGUGAAGCCCUUCUUGCUCUGGUACUCGUAGCGGAAGUCGUAAGGAGCAAUACCUGCUUCCAAGUAACCCAACUGGUGGGCUUUGUUCUUGAUCAACUCCGUGACGUCCUCGCCGGUGGGCUCGGCCGUCGGCUCCAUUUCUGCGGUCAUCCGUCCGGCGAUGAUCAGGCCGCGGUUGAGCUUGUCGUGCUCUUUGCGGAUCUCACGCAUUUCAGCGUGUUCGUCCCGAAGGUUGUUCGCCCAGUCGCGGGAUGCACGCUCGGUGUAGUUAAUGGACUCCAGGGGAUACUCCCUGGCAUACCAGUCAACUUCCCGGUCGUUAAUAGGAAUGCCGGGGACGGUUUCCAAUUCUUCGGGCACGGGAAUGGUCAUCGGCGCAUCGCCGUAUUUGUAACCCGGCCUUACGAUUUCAUGUCCAAUCUUGAGCAUAUCUAGCUCCUCCCGAUAGCAUGCUUGUGGC